ACGGCGGUGGUGGAGCCCUACAACUCCAUCCUCACCACCCACACCACCCUGGAGCACUCGGACUGCUCCUUCAUGGUGGACAACGAGGCCAUCUAUGACAUCUGCAACCGCAACCUGGACAUCGAGCGGCCCACCUACACCAACCUCAACAGGCUCAUAGGGCAGAUCGUCUCCUCUGUUACAGCCUCCUUGAGAUUUAAUGGUGCCUUGAAUGUUGAUCUGAUUGAAUUCCAGACCAACCUGGUGCCCUACCCACGGAUACACUUCCCCCUCACCACCUAUGCACCCAUCAUCUCGGCAGAGAAAGCCUACCACGAGCA